AUGGCUGGUCAAACGAUGGAGAUGCGCGACGCUUCAGAGGUUCGCGAAGAGGUAGAAAUAAUGAUUCCUACUCCUUCUUCUGAAGAGGAAUAUCCUACCGGGCUUCGAUUCAUCUUGAUCACCAUCGCACUUAUCUUGAGCAUAUUCCUCUCCGCCCUGGACUCGACCAUCAUUUCAACAGCGAUACCAAAAAUCACUGAUCAAUUUGGUGCUGUUCAAGAUGUGGGCUGGUACGGCAGUGCCUAUGCCAUUACGAAUGCUGCUUUCCAGUCAUCCUGGGGCAAGGGUUAUAAACACUUUCAAAUGAAGCGGGUCUUUCUCUCUGCCAUAACUGUCUUUGAACUGGGAAACAUCAUCAGUGCGACUGCUAAUAGCAGUACUAUGUUGAUCAUCGGUAGGAUCGUGGCUGGUGCCGGCGGAGGUGGUGUCAUGACAGGCUCUUUUAUCAUCAUCGCUCUCACUGCCAAACCACAGUAUCGUGCAGCAUACAUGGGAGUUCUCGGCGUCACAUUCGGCUGCGCAAGUGUGGUUGGUCCCCUCCUCGGCGGAGUGCUAACUGAUUCAUAUCUCACUUGGAGAUGGUGCUUCUGGGUAAAUCUACCGAUCGGAGCAUGUGCUGCAAUUCUCAUGACCUUGUCACUGAAGGUACCAACUGCCGCUCAACCGAAUCCGAAUUCGUUGAAGGAGAAGGUUGUCUCCUUGGAUUUGCCUGGGGCUUCUCUCGUGGCAGCGGCGAUGUCAUGCUUCGUUCUAGCAUUGCAGCGCGGUGGAGUAUCGACAAGCUGGCGCGACUGGCGUGUCAUAACCUGCCUUGUCGGGGCUGCCUUACUCACUAUCCUGUUCGUUGCAAAUGAAUGGCGCUUAGGCGACAAAGCCAUGAUCCAAGCACAUCUGUUGCGGAAACGCGCAAUCGUACUCAAUCUUGUUUACAUCUUCUUCCUUGCUGGCCUGUUCUUUCCUCUGAGCUUUGCCCUGCCUAUCCAAUUCCAGUCGGUGGGAAAUACAACUGCAUCUGAAAGUGGUAUUCGCCUCAUUCCGCUCAUCUUGGGAGUAUCGGUUGCUACCAUGGUCGCAAAUGGCAUUCUCACUUUCUGGCGACACUAUACCCCUUUCCUCGUGGUCGGAGCCAUAAGCGCGACAGUGGGUUUGGCAAUGGUGCACUCUUUGGAUGCUGAUGCUGGCAUUCCGAGGUGGAUUGGGUAUGAGAUUAUUGUUGCUACUGGGGUAGGGCUCUCGCUACAAGUGCCCAUGAUCGCAAACCAAACGCAAGUCGGCGCCGAAGAUAUUGCUGCAGUCACAUCAUUGACAUUGUUCAUCGAGACAGUCGGCCAAGCCCUCUUCAUUGCAUCCACAGAAGCAGCCUUCACCAACAGCCUCAUAUCUAGCUUGUCUCGUCUCCUGCCAGCUUUGAACCCAAGAAUUGUUCUAGAAACCGGUGUGACGGGCAUUCGAACAACAUUCAACCAUCAACAAACGAAUGACAUAUUGGAAUCUUAUCUCCAGGGCUGCAAGACAAGUCACUUCGUUCCACUCGCCGCCGGGGGUGCAGCAAUUCUGGCUGCCUUGGUUGUUGCCGUCCCGUCUGGUUUCAAGGAGUAUCAGGCUCGGGCCCGCAAAACCUCUUGA